ACACAGUUCAUGAAGUCGCGGCUAUUGAUACAAGAAACUAAACAGUUGCUUCCCUUUCGUUGUCUGUUCCCGCCCCUGAGCUAGCACAUCGGCUUCUGAAUAAUUCUCUGAAGUCACAUCUAGGCGUAAAUCAGCUUCUUUGCAAAGUCCAUGCAUUAUACAUAACGAUCUAGGCGCAAGUACGCGACUUCGAAAUUUCAUCCGUUGACAGUAUCCUAUUUGCAGUAUCCUCUGAUUAGCUUCAAUGGCCGACGCGUCCCAAGCCACUGAUAACACUACCCAGGUUCCACCGCUCCCUGCGGUGGCAGAGACGACACCCGAAGCGGUCAAGGCUGCUGAGAAAGCGGCCGUUGGUGUACACAAAAAGAUUAACCUCGCAGCGGCACCCAUCCGUCAAUACCUGGAGGCCACGGUCGUGCCAGUGCUCAUGCAGGGCAUGCAGGCGCUGUGCAAGGAGCGGCCGGACAACCCUGUGGAGUUCCUGGCCUACUACCUGCUGUCGCACAACCCGCAGCCCAACACCAAGCCGCUGCCGGCAGGGGCAGAAGCGGGCGCGCCCGCGGCCAAGGCAGAUUAAAUGAUGUUGCUUCCAGCAAGAGCUGUCGGUGUAUAUAAAGGGAGGGCCAUGGGGAGGCGUGGGUGCGGCAGGGUCGCUGCGCUGCCCGGAAAAUCGUUGCAGUGCAAUGCGGCAGCUGCUCGGCGCUACAUGGCGUGUCCGGGUGGUCUGGUUAUGUAGAGAAUGGUUUUAGGUGCUAGCAUAGAGGCCCAGCACGGGCGCCUAGGGCGUUCGCAGGGGGGACGGUGAUGCUGUGUGAGUAUACUGUAUGAGUAACUGUUGUUGCAGCAAAAGAGGCCGAUGUAAUGACGCGCCUGGGCUGAAGAGCUAGCGAAGAGCCGGCCCGACUUCCGCAUGAGCCGGCCCGUCUGCCUAUUGCCACAAACGGCGACACGGACUUACAAAUGCUCUUCAUGGUACAGCGUAAGACCAUGCCCCGCA